GUGUUUGGCACCCUUGUUGUUCAGAAGGAGCUUUUUGAUGUGGUGGCUAAACCUCUAGUGGAAGAUCUCAUUCAUGGGAAAAAUGGUCUCCUUUUUACCUAUGGUGUGACCGGCAGCGGGAAAACACACACCAUGACAGGAUCUCCUGGUGAUGGAGGACUUCUCCCACGGUGUUUGGAUAUGAUCUUCAACAGCAUAGGCCCAUUCCAGGCCAAGCGAUUUGUUUUUAAGCUUGAUGACAGGAACGGUGUGGAUGUUCAGUGUAAAGUAGAUGCUCUAUUAGAGCGCCAGAAAAGAGAUGCCAUGCCUGUUCCAAAAACUCCAUCUGGCAAGCGACAAGUAGAUCCAGAAUUUGCUGAUAUGAUCAACAUGCAAGAUCACUGCAAAGUAGAAGAAGUUGAUGAAGAUAAUGUCUACAGUGUCUUUGUGUCCUAUAUUGAGAUCUACAACAACUACAUAUAUGACCUCUUGGAGGAAGCUCCCUUUGAGCCUAUAAAACCAAAACCUCCACAAUCCAAAAUCCUUCGUGAGGACCAGAAUCACAACAUGUAUGUCACAGGAUGCACAGAAGUAGAGGUGAAAUCUGCAGAAGAAGCUUUUGAAGUGUUUUGGAGAGGUCAAAAGAAGAGGCACAUUGCAAACACUCAGCUGAACCGAGAAUCCAGUCGCUCUCACAGUGUCUAUAUUAUCAAGUUGGCUCAAGCCCCCCUGGAUGCAGAUGGAGAUAACGUGCUGCAGGAGAAAGAACAGAUCACUUUAAGCCAGCUGUCAUUAGUUGAUCUGGCUGGAAGUGAAAGGACUAAUAGAACAAAAGCUGAAGGGAACAGGUUGCGAGAAGCAAGUAAUAUUAAUCAGUCUCUAAUGACAUUAAGAACAUGUAUUGAAGUUCUGCGGGAAAACCAGAUGUAUGGAACAAAUAAGAUGGUUCCAUACAGAGAUUCCAAACUGACUCAUCUCUUCAAGAACUAUUUUGAUGGUGAAGGAAAAGUGCGUAUGAUUGUGUGUGUUAAUCCUAAAGCUGAGGACUACGAGGAAAGCUUGCAAGUCAUGCGCUUUGCAGAGAUGACCCAGGAGGUUGAAGUGGCAAGACCCGUGGACAGACCGCUCUGCGGCCUGACGCCGGGACGGCGCCUCCGGAACCAGGCCUUCAGAGAGGAGCUCUCGCGGAGGCUGGAGAUGCGGGGUGGCCCAAUAAAUGGAGAAACAGAAGAGCAAUCUGUUUCAGAAAUGUUUUCGCAGAACUUUCCUCCUCUGCCUUCAUGUGAGCUAUUGGAUGUUAAUGAUGAUCAAACACUUCCAAAGCUUAUUGAAGUCCUGGAAAAACGCCAUAAACUACGACAAAUGUUGUCAGAGGAGUUUGCCAAAAACGUGCUUGCGUUUAAAACAAUGCUGCAAGAAUUUGACUCCAGUGUUAUGUCCAAGGAAAACUAUAUUCAGGGAAAACUGUCCGAAAAAGAGAAAACAAUAUCAGGACAGAAAAUGGAGCUAGAACGCCUGGAGAAGAAAAUUAAAACUUUGGAAUUCAAGAUUGACAUUUUAGAAAAAACUGCAUUAAUUUAUGAAGAAGACAAGCGUAAUCUUCAGCAAGAACUAGAAAGUAAGAGCCAGAAGUUGCAACGUCAGGCUUCUGACAAGCGUAGGUUGGAGGCACGGUUGCAAGGAAUGGUGGCAGAAACAACCAUGAAAUGGGAGAAGGAGUGUGAGCGUCGUGUAGCAGCAAAGCAGCUGGAGAUGCAGAACAAACUUUGGGUGAAAGAUGAAAAACUGAAGCAACUGAAGGCCAUUGUUACUGAACCAAAAAAUGAAAAGCCAGAGAGGCCUUCACGGGAGAGAGACCGAGAGAAGCCUGUUCAGAGAUCAGUGUCUCCUCCACCAGUACCUCCUUCUAGUAACUUUACUCAAGUCCCUAACAGCCAGCAGCUCGCAAGCAACCUGCAGGAGCACAGACGUUCUAAUUCUUGUAGCAGCAUUUCUGUGGCAUCCUGUGUUAUGGAAUGGGAGCAGAAAGCCCCUUUGCACAAGCCUACCAGUGGCACUCCUAAUGCAAGGAGUAGACAACAAGAACCAGGACAAAGUAGAGGCUGUAACACCUCAGACAGGAGGCGAGGGAUGUGCUGGACUGGAGUCGAGGUUCCCAGGCAUAGAGAUGAGCUAGAAAUAGAAGAGGAUCAAUGCUGCAGGGGUGAUGUUUUCAAAACCAGGGGUGGUGGACAGGCUGUUCAGUUCACAGAGAUUGAAACUCUGAAGCAAGAAUCUCCAACUGGUCGAAAGCGAAGAUCAUCACCUUCCAAUGCUGACCCACCUGAGGGUGCUGCAGACUCGGAAUGGACUGAUGUAGAAACCAGAUGUUCUGUGGCUGUGGAGAUGAGGGCGGGAUCAGCUCUUGGACCUGGAUAUCAGCAUCAUGCUCAGCCCAAGCGAAGAAAGCCAUGAACUUAACUUACUACUGCGUUGGAAUGCUCUGAUUUUUAUCAGACUGAUACCAGUGAUGAACUCGAUAAACUGCUUUUUUAUCACUACAGGCUUUAUAUUUUUCGAAUGGCCUGUGCUAGGCAGUGGUUAAGUGGGAGCUAUUUCUUGCGAUCCCAAAGCAGCAUGUCUGUGGUGUGUAUAUUUUCAGUAGAUGUAGAGGGGUUCUGCCGCUGUGUCCUCUGGACAGCUGAAGGACACCUUUCAUCCCGUGUUUAUGAAGCCUUUGUUAUUAAGCUGUAUCUUUAUAUACUAAUGAGACAAGGCUUUCACCUUGUGUAUAUUUUUCAGCUUUUUAUAGUGCAAAAUACUUUGAGUCACUAUCCCUUCCUUGUCAGGUCCUCUGUUUUGAAGAGGCAUCAAUGCUGCUAUUUAUUUAGAUGCAAUAACAAACUUUAAGAGUGUUUCUAUGCCAUUUCAUAUUUUAUUAUAACUAGCAACAGCUUGGUAAUAUGGAUUUCUUUUUGGAAGAAUUACCUUUUAUUUAAUAUGCAAAUCAGCUUGUGAAAACAUGCAUCUUCAAACCUUCAUAGUAAUGAAGCAAGAAUACUGAUAUGAAGAGUAAUGGUGACUUGACAUCAGACCUACUUUAUUUUGUAGUGCAAGUAAAUAAAUGUUUUACAUCUGUAGAUAUGGGGUAAAAAGGUAAUUUGCUCACAGAUGUGGCGACUCUAUAUGUGUGGCUCUGCAAAUAUGUUAAAAUAAAUACU